UGCGGGAGUGCUUUUCAGGACCUGCCGGGCGCUCGUCCUUCCACGGUGUUCCCGGAAACUUGCGAUUCUACAAGCAAAUCGCAGCAUAGAUAUGAUACCAAGCUCUGCGAAAAGGAUGGCGAGCUUCUACUCCGCGGUGAAGACUCCAAUGAUGCCCAAGGACGCUCUGAAGAACAAAGUCGCGCUUGUGACCGGCGGAGCAACAGGCCUGGGAAAAGCUAUGACGGAGAUGUUCCUCAAAUGUGGAGCUAGUGCUUGCAUUAUGAGCAGGAGUGAGGAUACUCUCAAACAAGCAGCCGCGGAGCUCCAAGAGAAAACCGGCGGUAAGGUCGUGUACUAUGCAGCCGAUGUGCGCGAUCCGACCAAAGUCUCGGAUGCGGUCUCCCAUUGCGUCGCAGAGCUUGGUCUGCCAAAUAUCGUGGUGAACAACGCUGCGGGCAACUUCAUCGCUCCCUCUGAGCGACUAUCACCGAACGCCUUCAAAACGAUCGUGGAUAUCGUUCUAAUCGGCACGGCGAACGUGACUCUCGAUGUGAGAUGCCCCCCGGUUCAAAUCCUGUGGGGAAAAGAACUGAUCGCAGCGAAGCAGCCAGCUUCCUUCUUGGCUAUCUCGGCCACGUACACAAACCACGGUUCUGGAUACGUAGUACCGUCCGCCUCCGCCAAAAGCGGUGUGGAGACUCUGUAUCAAAGUCUGGCCUCCGAAUGGACCAAGUACGGCAUGAGAUUCAACGUCAUCUCACCGGGUGCGAUUCCCACGAAGGGAGCCUUCAGUCGUCUCGAUCCUGCCGGUCUCUUCAAAGAACAAAUCGAUCUACUAGGUCCUCCGAACUGGAGAACCGGUGAACCAGAGGAGUUGGCUAAUCUCGCCACCUACGUCGUGAGCGAUUUCGCGUCAUGGCUCAACGGGGAAGUCAUUCGGCUUGAUGGCGGUAUGAUGAGCUACAUUGCUGCCGAGUUCAACCAGCUCAGCAAGGUCGAUUCCGAACAAUGGGAUGCCAUGGAGAAAAUGAUCCGCAGCACCAAAGGUUCUUGAGUUGGUAUCGUCAGGUGCCGAGCCGAACUUUGGAGCGAUCUUUAUCGUAGCUGGAUCACCAUUGUGGAGACAAGUGGGCUUCGGAAACUCGGACCUCGAUUAGGAGUAUUGCUCGAUUGCAUGUAAUUCCCUUUUUUUUCAAGAGUCCGGGGUCCGUGUGAUCCCUGUGCCUUAAACCCUUGCCGGAUCGUGUU